UACUCCCCGGCUGCGGUUGCUAAGGAAACGGCCGCAUGGCAACCGGCUGAGAGCCUGGGGGCCGUGCGCUGCCGCAGCCGCUCAUUCUCCAGCACCAGCAGCAGCAGCAGCACCGAGCCUCCUCCUCCUCCUCCCGCUCCGGAUCCUCCUCCCGCUCCGCCGCCGCCGCCGCCGCUGCCAGGGAUCCCGGGCUGACAGGGGCAGCCCCGGCAGUGAUGGACAUGAUGAUGUUGGUGCAGGGAGCCGCUUGCUGCACGAACCAGUGGCUGGCCGCCGUCCUCCUCAGCGUCUGCUGCCUGCUGCCCUCCUGCAUGCCCGGCGGGCACAGCAUGGACUACCCCCGGCCAGCGGACAGCAACCUGGUCGUCGUCAGGCAAGGAGAGACGGCUAUGCUGAGGUGUUUCUUGGAAGAAGGAGCGUCAAAGGGAGCCUGGUUGAAUCGCUCCAGUAUUAUUUUUGCGGGGAACGACAAGUGGUCAGUGGACCCCAGAGUCUCCAUCGCAACAGCCAACAAAAAGGAAUACAGCCUGCGGAUACAGAAGGUCGACAUUUCAGACGACGGGCCAUAUACCUGCUCGGUACAAACCGAACACAGUCCCAGGACAAUGCAGGUGCAUCUCACUGUUCAGGUUUCUCCGAAGAUCUAUGACAUCUCCUCCAACAUUGUCGUCAAUGAAGGAACAAACGUGUCACUUACGUGCUUGGCCACCGGAAAACCAGAGCCAUUGAUAUCAUGGAGACACAUCUCCCCAUCAGCAAAACCGUUUGGAAGUGGGCAAUAUUUAGAUAUUUAUGGCAUUACCAGAGACCAGGCCGGGGACUAUGAGUGCCUGGCUGAGAACACAGUGCCCUAUUUAGACGUCAGGAAAGUCAAUGUGAUCGUGAACUUUGCACCCACAAUUCUGGAAAUAACACCAUCCGGAGUUUCCCUGGGGAAAACAGGAUUAAUCAGAUGUGAAACUGCCGCUGUCCCAUCUCCAUCCUUCGAGUGGUACAAAGGAGAGAAGAAACUCACAAAUGGACAGAAAGGCAUCCUCAUAAAGAAUUACAGCACCAGAUCGAUUCUACACGUCUCUAACGUAACAGAAGAACAUUUCGGCAACUACACGUGUGUAGCGGUAAACAAGCUGGGGACCAGCAACGCCAGCCUGCCGGUGAAUCAAAUUUUUGAACCUUCCACCUCUAGCCCUGUCACCAGCUCAGCUCCAAGCACAGCCCAGUACGGCAUAACCGGAAGAGCAGAAAUUAUUUUCUCCUGUUGGUAUCUUGUUUUGACACUUUCCUCUUUUACGAGUAUAAUAUACCUGAAGAACAUCAUUAUACAAUAAACACACGGAACCCUAAAAAAAAGGCUUUAAAAGAUGACUACGAAAUUUCUGAAGACGGGAUACAACCUGGUUUGUUGCGAAGCAGCGCGGGAUAUAAGCAGCAGUCCUACGCGGGGAUUGGCCGGCUUCUUUAGAAUUGUUCAUUUUGUAAAUACCUUAAUUCUUCUUUUCUGAUUAGCUGCAUUACGUUGUGACGCAGUACACAUUGUCCUUUUUUUAAGAAAAAAAAAUGAUUACGUGAAAGCUCUGAAAUUACUUUUAGAGGGUUAUUAAUCGUGACUUCAUGUUUGUAAUUUGAAACUUUUCAGAAAAGAGUUGGGCGACGGUCUGCCAUGGUAGGAGCGGGCUGCGGCUUACGGAGUAACCCCCCUAUAAAUUAAUAAGGUGGGAGAGUAUUGCAGCGGCAUACAAUAUGCUUUAAGGCUCCGAGGCGCGUGUUCUCUUGCCUUUUUUCGAAAUAAGAUUCUGAACUCAUGUGUAUCAAACAUUUUCCAUUUUUAUUACAAAAAUAUUGCCUUCAAAGAUUACUCCAGUUACGUUUAGCUAGGUCGACUGCAAGUUUAAUAUUUGGGAUGUCCUGGUUCAGUAUUAUACAACAAGAACAGCAAACACAUACGAAAGAGCAGCUGCAUGGAGCAGUUUCAAUUUAUACCUGUCUGUCUCGCAUGGGUGUGCCUUCAUAAAGUUUUAUUAUUUUUUUUUUAUUCAGAUGGGGGUUUUACUAGCUUACGGGGGGAGUUCAGUCUAUAUAAAUAUAUAUAUAUAUAUAUAUAAAAAAUAAAAAAGUUGAAAUGUACAGAACAUAUUUUUAGCAGUUCAUAUCAUGUGGUCACCCGAGUGUAAGAGAGGUCUACGUAUGUCACUGCGAAUAUGAAAAUGUCCCUAGGGCAGCCGCUGUUAUCUAACCCAUGCAGAAUUUUCUAAUGUAACACAGCUUUUGUUGGCAGAUAGAUGGCAUCCAGUAGGUGACGCAAUGGUGGGACUGUUUUAUCACAGCUGUGUCCCGUUCUGGAGCGUGCCAAAGUAUGUUACUGUCAAGUCAGAAAUGAGCAAACGGUACUUGGCUCAUGUCUAGCAACCUCUAUUACUGAUUUCCUUACGGAGGUACUGGUAGUCCAUAUACAGUAUUAGCUCCUGGCGUCCUUGGAAUACCAACAGAUAAAAAUAGCUUCUUGUAGUGAAUAGUGUUCUUGUCCCUGUAAUUCAAUUAUCCCCAAAGAUAUAUUCAACUAAAGUAAUCCAUAGCCUGUUUCAAGGCAGCACAGAUUUUACAACGUAAACCUUAGCACUGCAAUAAACUCUGCUCCAUCUGUAACAUUUGUGUAGGAAACCCAAGCCCUCGCCCAAGAUCUAUUCAUACACCUAGCACAAGAUAUGAUCACCGUGCAGCUCAACUUGUGGUCACUAUGAGGAGCGCUGCUAAAAAGUGCGGAAUGCCACGCACAGACAUCGUCACAGAGUGACUGCAACUGUGGUUGACGGCCGGUCACAUAACUACAUCCCGCGCUUACUAUGAGGAACAAUGCUGAAGUGUUUAGGGAAUGGGGAAUGACACAGUCUGCAUUCACUAUAAGGAGCGCUGCAGGUUUAGAAAGAAGGGGAAUGUGACGCACAGACGUGGUCAUAGAGUUACUCCAGCUGCGGUCACUAUAAGGAGCGCUGCAGGUUUAGAAAGAAGGGGAAUGUGACGCACAGACGUGGUCAUAGAGUUACUCCAGCUGCGGUCACUAUAAGGAGCGCUGCAGGUUUAGAAUGACGGGGAAUGUGACGCACAGACGUGGUCAUAGAGUUACUCCAGCUGCGGUCACUAUAAGGAGCACAGCAGGUUUACAAAGAAGAGGAAUGUGAUGCACAGACGUGGUCAUAGUUACUCCAGCUGCGGUCACUAUGAGGAGCAGAGCAUGUUUAGAAUGAAGGGGAAUGUGACGCACAGACGUGGUCAUAGAGUUACUCCGGCUGCGUUCACUAUAAGGAGCGCUGCAGGUUUAGAAUGACGGGGAAUGUGACGCACAGACGUGAUCAUAGUUACUCCAGCUGCGGUCACUAUGAGGAGCGUUGCAGGAUUAGAAAGAAGGGGAAUGUGACGCACAGACGUGAUCAUAGAGUUACUACAGCUGCGGUCACUAUGAGGAGAACCGCUAAACAGUUUCGGGAGGAGGGGAAUGUCACACAGAACUGAUCACAGAGUAUGUCUGGCUGAAGUCACUAUUAUAAGGAUAAUCCAGGUGCAGUGGUAAUGUUAUAAUGCAAUUUUGUAUAUUUCAGGCACGGUGCUCCAAAUUCAUGGAAAACUCUUUAUCUGGAAAGACUAAGCUCCAGAAAUUCCAGAUAAUAGAUUUUAUACCUGUAUAUAUACUUGAUGAAUUGUAAAAAUAAAUAUGCAGCUAUUGUGAUUUAUUGACCUCUUAUGGAAACUGUAUAGUACUUUUAUUGCCAUGACCGUACGACAAAGGGAUGAUGGGCCCACCAACGUGGUCAGGGCCCACGCGGAUCUUAAAGUGGCACUGCAAAACGCUUUCUGCAGAGCACAAAACUCAACUGUGAUCAUUUAGCGGCUAGGUAUAUGACAGGCAUAGAUUAAUGGCAUAUGGGGGCAGAAGAGCAGAGCCCUCUCUAGAAUUCCAUGGCCAAUGCUAUUCUACCGCGUCUGGCGCUUCUAUACAACAACUGUACGGUACUGUCUGUCGCUGAGUCUCUUGGCAUAAGACCCCUUACACCAUGAUUUUUGCAGAUCCCUAAUUAUAGCACAAUUCUCAUAUGUUUUUUUUUUUUUUGUGAUUUCAGAGCUAUUUCUCUUCGAAAAGUAUUAUUCAAAUUUAGAAUGUGACAAUCCAUUUUAUCAUCCAUCCAAUACUUCAUUGAAUCUGUAUUGUUUUGCACUUGAUUUUGUACUGAAUUUGUGAAACUAGCUAAAAUAGUCAAGAAAAAAAGUGGAUAUAUUUGGAAAUGGGUCUUCUCAGCGGAAAUAAAACUCUGGUAAAAAUCAA